AUGUCCGACGAGAAGACCACGACAAACCAGCAGCUCGAGCAGUCUGAGAGGCUCGAGGCUCAGGUCAAGUCUGCAGACAUGACCGAAGACAUGCAGCAGGAGGCCAUUGAAGUUGCACAAGAAGCUAUGGAAAAGUUCAACAUUGAGAAGGCAAGUCUAGCAUGGACUACAUCCAAGUCACCCACGGUUGCUAAUGAUUCGAUACAGGAUAUCGCACACCACAUCAAGAAGACGUUCGAUGAGCGCAAGGGUGUCACCUGGCACUGCAUUGUUGGCAGAAACUUUGGCAGUUUCGUGACCCAUGAAACCAAACACUUCAUCUACUUCUACCUUGGUCACUGCGCCAUCUUGCUAUUCAAGACCCAAUAA